AUGGCAAGUAGGAAAACCACCGUUCCACUCCUUAUUCUUUUGCUUUCUCUCUUUUUGAAGUUUCUCAUGGUUGAAGCUCUUACAAUCAAUUCUAAUGACAUUGAUCUCAACAAAGCUUGCAUUGAGGAAGAGCGGAAAGCGCUUCUUGAAUUCAAACAUGGUCUGUAUGAUCCUUCAGGUAGGCUUUCUUCCUGGAUUGGUGCUGAUUGCUGCAAGUGGACAGGUGUGGAUUGCAACAAUCGGACAGGGAAUGUUGUCAAGGUUGACCUCAGAUAUCGUGGCUUCUUUCUUUUGGGUGGUGAGAUAAGUAGUUCCUUACUUGACUUGAAACAUUUAACUUACCUGGACCUAAGUCUUAAUGAUUUUCAAGGAAUUCCAAUUCCAAAUUUCCUGGGCUCAUUUGAAAGGUUGAGAUACCUUAAUCUCUCUAAUGCAGCAUUUGGUGGAAUGAUUCCUCCUCAUCUUGGAAAUUUAUCACAGUUACGUUAUCUUGAUCUUUUUGGAGGAGGAGAUUAUCCAAUGAAGGUUUCUAAUUUAAAUUGGCUUUCUGGUCUUUCUUCUUUAAAAUACCUUGAUCUGGGUCACUUCCCUCAGUACUCCAAUCCAUUUGUUAAUUUGACUUCGGUUUUGGUCAUUGAUCUCUCCUACAACAAUUUCAACACUACUUUGCCUGGCUGGUUGUUUAACGUCAGUACCCUUACGGAUCUUUAUUUAAAUGGUGGUACAAUUAAAGGUCCGAUUCCCCAUGUUAACUUGCGAUGCCUUCGCAACUUGGUGACCUUAGAUCUCUCAUACAAUAGUAUUGGAGGUGAAGGAAUUGAAUUCCUGAGUCGAUUAUCAGCAUGCACUAAUAAUUCCUUGGAAGAGUUAAACUUGGGCGGGACCCAUCCCUGA